AUGGAAGAAACUAAUCAGACUGUGGUGUCUGAGUUUAUUUUUCAGGGACUUUGUAACUCAAGAGAACUACAGAUCUUCCUCCUGCUGCCAUUUUCCAUCCUCUACCUGAUGACAGUGGUAGGCAACCUCUUUGUGAUGAUUUUAAUCAUCACUGAUCAUUACCUCCAUUCUCCCAUGUACUUUCUGUUAGCCAAUCUCUCAUUUGUUGACUUCUGUCUUUCCUCAGUUACUACCCCCAAAAUGAUCACAGACCUUGUAAAAGAUAUUAAAACUAUUUCCUUUGGAGGUUGCAUGAGCCAGAUCCUCUGCGUGCAUUUCUUUGGAGGGGGUGAGAUGGUUCUUCUUGUAACAAUGGCUUAUGACUGCUAUGUGGCCAUCUGCAGGCCACUCCACUACACCAGCAUCAUGGACAGACAGAAGUGCAUCUGGCUUGUUUUGAUAUCAUGGAUCAUUGGAUUCGUGCAUGCCAUGAGUCAAUUGAUUCUGAUUUUGGAGUUACCUUUCUGUGGACCCAGUGUGAAAGACAGCUUUUUCUGUGAUAUUCCUUUGGUGAUGAAAUUAGCCUGCAUCAAUACUGAUACUCUGGGAAUUGUGAUAAAUGCUGAUAGUGGUGUUUUAGCAACAACUUGUUUCAUUCUGUUGCUGAUAUCUUACACUUACAUUCUACUAACUGUUCAGCUUCACUCCAAAGAUGUUUCGUCAAAAGCACUCUCUACUUGUACCUCCCAUAUCAUAGUGGUUGUGCUAUUCUUUGGACCCUGUAUUUUCAUCUAUCUGUGGCCAGUCAGCAUCAUGUGGGUGGAUAAGUUUCUUGCUGUGUUUUAUACGGUUAUCACACCUCUCCUGAAUCCAGCAAUCUAUAUAUUGAGAAAUAAAGAUAUUAAAACUGCCAUUAAAAAACUCAAAGAUCACAAGUAA